CAUGCCAAUGAGACGUUUGCCAUUUCCAAGCUCAGUAAUGAUGUCGUUCAUCAUUUCAUCCGUUAGAUUCAGUGUACCCAAUCCCCAUUCACAGGCAUGGCUGGCUUCACGAACAGUUGGUUGUGUAAACAACGUGACCAUUUCCCCGCAACGUGCACAGUUCUCGUGCAGACGGUCAAGCCACAUACCAUACAUGGUGAACGGUAGGCCAGCCAACAGGCUUGAAAAAUCCGCUGCCGUUGGUUCGUUGUGAAUCACUAGCGAGCCACGUGCUUUCAACAAAGCAUUGAUGUCCUUGAACAUUGACAGGUCUUGGAUGGUGGUACGAAGUGAUUCAAACGAUUUUAUCCCAAAAGAAACACCAUUCUUGGUGGCCUGCAUGUCGCCGUUGCCUCUCUUGCAGAACUGGCGGAUAUUGGCCAGCGCUACACUGUCAUAGCUUGACCACACAAAAUAGACGUCGUUUCCGAGGUGAAACAGGGUGGACAGGUUACCGCUGGUUAGCUGUGGAUCCCGGAUUAAAGUCGUAAUGUUGUUGUAGAUGAGUCCAACGAGGCGCAUGAACUGGUCGUUGGUGAGAAAAAUGUGUUUCUCUCCCAGCGUCCAUUUCGCAUCUGGUCCAGGAGGACUGGCAGUCGUAAAGUCGCCAAUUAUGAACUCCAAGGCCUGGGUGUCACUGUUGAUGCGGGUGCAGAUGAACUUGUCGUACCCGAACUUCAUGGUAGGGAAUCCUUCAUAGUGGAAAGCGAUCUUUCCGCUCGCAAACUUGCGCUUUGCUUCCCCGACAAGAUCAGUUUUAUCGGGUACGAAACCGCGUUUGGAAGGAGGCAGACUAGUCAUGGUAUAUCAGAAGAAAAGGUAGACUAACUAAAAGUGUCAGGAAGAAUAAUGAAAACGAGUUGGAAUUAGAAGCCUGUAUUUAUAAUAAUCAAAUACACUAAACACCCUGACCACAAAAUCCGGUUCAGCAAUUUGUUGCUCAGCAUUUUGUUGUUCACACUGGGCUUUAUAAACCGUAGAGCAGAGCACACACGCACGCACGCACGGCUACACGCUAACAGAACAAUGGACGGUUUUGCAAGUGCUUUUGGCCCUCGUGGGGAUCCGCGCUAUCCAGCCGAAAGUGUUGAGAAUCGCAUUGAAACAUUUCGUGGUUGUGGGGGUAAAAUUACCCUCGAAGUGGCGAAAGAGUACGCCGAACUGGGCUGGUACUGCACGGGGAUCCAGCACCAGAUCCGUUGUGUUUACUGCUGUGAGAUUGAGGGGACAUGUCUAACGGGCAUCUAUCGAACACCGUGCAAGAAUCCAUGCUUUGGCAAAGCAGUUAAAGAUAACUUCCCACAGAUGUGGGUGGAAUGCAACGGGCUGCGGAUGGAUUACGAUCAGGACAACAUUGAGUACAACCAUUCACCACCAAACAAUCCCGACUGCGCAAAGUAUAACACCAUGUAUGCGCGGGCGUUUUCCUUUGACGACAGACCGUGGCCCGAAGAAAAAAAACACUUGGUGUACAAGCUGGCCGAAGCUGGAUUCUACAACUGCGGUCUUACUGUGCCGGGAGUUUCGGUAUGCCCGGAUGCUGUACGCUGUUUUUACUGCUAUGUCUUCAUUUCUGGAUUGCCGCUGGAUCUGGAACCAUGGAUUGAACAUGCCCGCCAAUCACCAGCCUGUGCAUAUCUGAUGAAUGUAAAAGGCAAACGGUUCAUCAACGAUGUUAUACGAGCUUGCAAGUCCCCUGUUACCGACAUUGGAAUACAAGGUAUGACAGUUUUGGAAAACAAAGCACGGCUCGUUGGCUUCAGUCAAGACCAAAUUGAUGCCGCUAAGGCCAAGAAGAAGGGCCGUUUCUAUUUUUGGGAGGAAUUGGAAGAAGCGGUGGAGUUCCACAACGCCGAUUUUUUGGAGCAAAAGCAUUUUUUGCACUAUGCCACCGAAGUACCCGUCGGAGACGAUGCCCGCACCGUUGAGCAGUUGAAAUGUAAAAUCUGUCUGUCGCGGUAUGCCAACACGCUGAUCAGUCCGUGUAAGCAUUUGGUCAUGUGCGGACAGUGCGCCAAAGCGACCCUAGACCGAGGAAGCCUCUGCCCGUACUGCCGUCAGCCUGUUGAAGCCGUCACGUCACUUUAUUUUACUUGAUACAUUUUGCUGUUCUGGAAAAUUGUGUGUGACAAAAUGUUGCACUGCAAAAUGUAGCAGUUGCAUUCUGCUGAUACUAUAUAACUGUAAUAGUUUUAUUCUGCUUUCCUUUUUUCUCUACUUGCUUUCAUUCGUUGUUGAUUCUUUAAACGUAAUGGAUAAUGGAUGAUCUUAAUGCGUUUGAUGGCGAAGCUCUUUGGGAUAAAGUUUUAAGUGACCUGGAAAUUCAGCUGCAGGACUAUAAUGUUCUUACGACUCCGACAACAAGUACUUUGGGUAUAAUUAAACGCAAAAAUUUUUGUACAGUUGUUGAAAUAUAAAUUUGUUGUAGUUACGCAACAACAACAACAACAGCAACAACAGCAACAGCCAGAACUACACCUUCAAUCAAGUCCGUGGUCUCCACCACCCAUUCAGCCGAUUUUUAAAGGUUAAAAAGUUUUUAUCAUCUCGUUCACUUAAUUUAUAGCUGAGAAACUCUUUAAUUUUAUAGAUGAAGCAACUGGUGCGGAAAUCUGCCACCACGGUAUCUACACAAUUUUUAUUUCUGUGCCAGCAGCAGCAGCAACAACAUACGCCUCAAGUUUCAUUUUCAUGUUGCAGUGG